AGCCAUGCUCCUACGCCAUCAACUCCGCUGGACUGAAGGACACGUUGUCCGAAUGCCCGAUCACCGUCUCCCAAAGCAGUUGCUCUACUCCGAACUCAAGAAUGGGAAAUGUACUGUUGGUGGGCAGGAAAAGAGAUUGAAAGAUGGGCUCAAAGCCAACCUUAAAAACUGUGGCAGAGACACCGAGAACUGGGAAGCCCUGGCCCUUGAGCGCUCCAAUUGGAGGUCAGCUGUGACCAGCAGUGCUGUGGAGUUCGAAGAGGCACGAACGGAGGGCUUAAGGGAGAAACGUGCCAAGAGGAAGGCCCGUCAAGCUAACCCCAACCGGGACCGCCUUCCACCUGGAAACCGAUGUCCUCACUGCGGGAGAAUAUGCGGGUCAAGAAUCGGUCUCUUCAGCCACCUAAGAACACACCCCCAAGAUGGAAGACAAUCAUCCUCGAGCUACGAGGGAUCGCCUAAGUAAGUAAGUAAGUAAGGUUCUCAACCUGUGGGUCCCCAGAUGUUUGGCCUUCAACUCCCAGAAAUCCCAGCCAGUUUUCCAGAUUUCUGGGCCAAAACAUCUGGGGACCCACAAGUUGAGAACCACUGCUCCAAAGGGAAGGACAGAGAGGCUGAUGCUGUAGGAACCCAUGGCAGGGAGGAGUGGGGCAAGCAGGAAUCACAUCCAGACCUCCAAAGUCUCACUUGGAGACCUUACUUACUUACUUACUUUACUUGCUUACUUGGAGACCAGACAAGGGCUUAUAUGGGAAACGUGGUGCCUUUUUGAUGUCCCUUUUCAGAGUUGGUAAUGACAAUAUGCUACAUUCUCCUAUGAGGCAUCUGCAUCACAGAAUGAAUGCACUUUGGGGCCACUUGGACUGCAUUGUCUGGAUGCUCUGCCAUCCUGGGAAGGGAGUUUGGUGAGGCACCAGCACUCUUGGGCAGAAAAAGCUAAGGACUUUGUCUCACUACACCUCCAAGUAUUCCUCUCAGUUUCAGAACUGUGAAUACAGAGAAAGGAAAAGCAUUGUGAGGAGAUUCCCAUAGUCUUACUUCAUUUUUUUUCGUGUCAGAAGCAACCGGAGUUGCUUCUGUUGUGAGAGAAUUGGCCGUCUGCAAGGACGUUGCCCAGGAGACGCCCGGAUGUUUUGAUGUUUUUACCAUCCUUGUGGGAGGCUUCUCUCAUGUCCCCGCAUGGAGCUGGAGCUGAUAGAGGGAGCUCAUCCGCGCUCUCCCCGGGUGGGAUUCGAACCUGGCAGCCUUCUGGUCAGCAACCCAACCUUCAAGUCACGAGGCUUUUAUCCCCUAGGCCAUCAGAGGCUCCUGUCUUACUUCAUGAAGUUUGCUCUAAAGUGUCAGGGUCCUGCUUUCCUUACAGGGAAGCCAUACACCGGCAACACAAAAAUGGGUUGUAAAGACCCCUUUUCUCUUGAGGGUAGUGUAUCAUUAACCUUGUCUUCGUCUCACCUUUGUCUUGUGUAGACCUUGCUUCACAAUACCUUCAGAUGGAGAAGGGAAGAGGUUCUUCAGUCCUGAUGGAGCCCAGAGUGAAGAUGGAGGAGCCAAACCAGACCAGCCCUGAAGGGAGAAGAGAUCCCAAUGAAACGUGGGACAGAAGAAGAGUUGGGGUCCCAGACAGAAUGGGUCAGGAUGCCCUGGAGGGGAAGGCCUUCAGCACAGACCUUCUGUGCCAACGCUUCCGUUGCUUCCGCUUCCAGGAGGCCUUGGGACCCCGGGGGGUCUGCAGCCGCCUCCACUCUCUCUGCCGCCUGUGGUUGAAGCCUGAGGAACAUACAAAGGCGGAGAUGGUGGACCUGGUGCUCCUGGAGCAGUUCCUGGCCGUCCUUCCUGCGGAGAUGGAGCGCUGGGUGAGGGAAUGUGGGGCAGAGACCAGUUCCCAGGCUGUGGCUUUGGCUGAAGGAUUCCUCCUGAGUCGGGAAGAAGAGGAGAAGGCGCGGCAGGAAGAGCGGCAGGAGAGAGAGGUCUCUCAGACCCAGGAGAUCCCAUUGGAGACCAGCAAGACGUUCCCUUCCAGGUGGAUCAAGCUGGAGGAGGAGGAGGACACAAGAGCUGCUCCACCAGCGGAGGAGCGAAGGAUGCCGGGAAGCUGUAAUAGCUCAUCUCUUUGUGAAGCAGGAGAAACGGUCUCCAUGGAACAGGAUCAGGUGACUUUUGAGGAUGUGUCUGUACAUUUCACUGAGGAAGAGUGGGUCCUGCUAGAUCCGGAUCAACGGGCCCUGCAUUGGGAGGUCAUGGGAGAGAAUCAUAAGAUGUUGGCCUCUUUUGGUGGUACUGGAAAAGAGUGUGAAAAUUGGGGCACAUCAUGUAAAGUGUGGUUGAAAACAAAAGGACACAAAGAGGGGGAAGAUGGAAACCUGGAAAUUGAAAGAGAAGAUUAUACAAGGAAGGAGUGUUCUGUUGAUACCAGGGAAAUCACAGUCCAAGAAACAGUAGAUGAAAGCAGGGUGACCGGGAACUAUCUUGUCUUUGAGAGUAGCUUCUUGCAUGAGGAAUCAUGUCUAAAUGGUGACAGCACCAUCCAAACAGACAAAGGACAACCUCAAUGCCAUCAACUGGAAGACAGCUUUGGAUCGAGUAUGCAUCUUACAAACUAUGAAAAACCAAAAGUUGUGGAUAAACCAUAUAAAUGCCUGGAAUGUGGAAAAUGUUUCUGUCAUAAAAGAAACCUAACAAGACACCUACAAUCCCACUUGGGAGAGAUGCUAUAUAAAUGCCUGGAGUGUGGAAAAGGCUUUUCUAAUAAGAGAAAUCUUAUUGGACAUGAAAUGAUUCACAGAGGAGAGAAACCCUAUAAAUGUCUGGAGUGUGGGAAGAGUUUCCGUAGGAAAAAUUCCCUAACACUGCAUCAGUACACCCACAGGGAAGAGAAACCCUAUAAAUGCCUGAAGUGUGGAAAAAGCUUUGUUUCACAUAGAAAUCUCAUUCGGCAUGGAAUGAAUCACAGAGGAGAAAAGCCCUAUAAAUGCCUGGAGUGUGGAAAAGCUUAUUCUGAUAAGAUAGCUUUUAUUGGACAUGAAAUGAAUCACAGAGGAGAGAAACCCUAUAAAUGUCUGGAGUGCGGAAAGAGUUUCUGUUUGAAAAAUACCCUAAAGCUUCACCAAAACACCCACAUAGGAGGCAAGCCAUAUAAAUGCAUGGAGUGUGGAAAAUGUUUCUCUGAAAAAGAAGUCCUAAGCACACACCAAAAAACCCACACACGAGAAAAGCCAUAUAAAUGCCUGGAGUGUGGAAAAGGUUUUACUAAUAAGAGAGGUCUUAUUGGACAUGAAAUGAAUCACAAAGGAGAAAAGCCAUAUAAAUGCAUGGAGUGUGGAAAAGGUUUUACUAAUAAGAGAGGUCUUAUUGGACAUGAAAUGAAUCACAAAGGAGAAAAGCCAUAUAAAUGCCUGGAGUGUGGGAAGAGUUAUAGCCUUAAAUCUGUUCUUACAGCUCACCAGAACAGUCAUAAAGGAGAGAGUGGGAAGAGUUUGAGCUAAAACUCAAACAUCAAAAAUGUCCAAAAUAGUCAUAGAGAAGACAAAGCCAAAGACAUGUUUGCAGUGAGGGAAGAGCUUCCACUGGAGAGCAAGUCUCAAGGCCUACUAAGAAACAGGGGAGAGAAGUGAAAAAGUCUGGAAUAUGAUAAGACUUUGAACUACAAACUCUUUUAUUUGAACUCAAAGAUUAACAAAAAGUUAAUACAAAGAGAAAUUAUACACAUUCUGCAUUUUGGAAAGAAUUGAGUUCCACAGCAAGCUUUCAUGAUGUAGUAAAAAAAUCCAUACGGGAAAGAAGCCAUGGAAAUGCCUGGAGUGUCAUAAAGCCUUCACUCUGAAGAAAAAACCCGUUGAGCAUGAAAUGAUUCGCAGAGGAGAGAAGACUCUAAAUCAGGCUUGGGUAAAACUUUUUGCCUUGGGGCCGCAUUACGGACAUAGCCGGAAGGUUUGGGCCAGGAGGAAAGGUGGCUGGCACACAGUGGGUGGGAAGGGCUCAGGAGAGGCAGAGCCAGGAGGAGACAGGUCAGGGCCCGGGUCAUCCUCAGGUUGUCCUCCCAGCAUAGGGAUGGGACUGCUCAUCCCAUCCUUAUACUGGGAGGAAGGCUGGACACACAGCAACUACACUGAUCCUCCUCCCCCAAUCCUCACAAAGGAGGGCAAGACAGGCGGCAGCUGAGAGUGCUCUGGGAGGCUCUCGGCCACCACAUGCCAUCCUCAAGCCGUCCUUCCUGCUGGGAGCAGAGCUAGACACACUAUCUGAGAGUGCUCCCGAGAGCUCUCAGCUGCUAUGUGCCUUCCUCCCCCAUCUUUUUGGCAAAAUGACACGAUGGACCACUAUGUCCUUCUGCCAAGAGAACAGGGAAAAUGAGGAGAGCCUGAGGUAAGCACCCAGGGGGCCACAUCUGCCCCCUGGGCCUUAGUUUACCCAUGACUGCUCUAAAUGCUCAGAGGGUGGGAAGAGUUGUGUCCUCAAAGCACGUCUCAAAACUCUCCAGGAGAGGAAGCAUACACACGCCAAGAGGGUGGGAAGAGUUCAAUCCUUAGUAGGCAUCUGUGAUGUCUCAGGCACCUUUGGCCCCUGACCCCACAGCCAUUGCUGAUCAAACUGAAGAGGACUUGGGUUUUUUCCCAAGUGAGCAGGAUUCAGUUCCUUUCCAGAUGCCUUCUGUUGACAUUUCCGUGCCAGAGCCAAUUAAAGACGGCCUUGAGAAGGAGCCGGCUCUUCCCGGCUCUCCGAAGGGGUUACUGUUCGAUAGAAGGGCUUUUUUGAAAACAGAUCGCUCCCAAAGGCAAAGUUUAAGAAGAAGUGCCAGAUUAGCAGAGCGAGGCGAUUGUGGCUAAACCCAGUUCUCUUGGGAAGAAUUGGGGAGGCAGGCACCUGGCAUGAUGUUUUGGAGGCUCAGUUCUCUUGGGAAGUUUUGGGGAGUUUAACACCUGGUUUGGGGGAGCUAUGAACUUCAUUAAAAGUUGUGCGCUGAGAAUCUUCUGCGCGGUGUCAACUUAACUUUUGAUUAAUAAGUAUCGUCGCCUCUCGUUCCUGAUUUCCAAGCGGCCUGACGGUGCGCUUACCCUGGAGUAGAUCGGGUGUUGGUUUACCUUCUUGCCAUGUUGGGACUGCGUUUCAGCUCCUGAACUUCCAGUUUGCCUUGCCUUGAAGCCCUGUUUGGAACAUUUCUUCUAAAGGACUCUUCUUGCUCUCUGCUCUUUUCCCCACUCAAAACUCAGGCGGAGUUUGAGUGUGUUUCGGAUACUGGAUUUUUGAACUCUAAUACCGGACAUAAGACUUUAUAUUAUUGGGCUAAAAUUGAUCUUUUCUGGAAGGUCAAUUGCUACUUCUACUUUACUGCUUAUUUCCAUUUGGAACUUUUAUUGCUUUAAUAUAUUAUAUUGUUAUUGGCUGCUGUGUUGGUUCCCAGUGUUCGCGCCGCUCAGGAGUGUUACAGCACCAGAGUGUUCACACAAUGAAGAAACACACAUGUGGACGGAAAGCUGCUCUAUCCUUUGUACUGAUUCCCUCUUGUCUAGACUAACAGUUGAUUUAUCUUGGACCUUGUUUUGGCACACUUUAAGGGAGAACCUGGCAGGUUCAGCCUAGUCCUGGCCUUGUGGCACUGUCACCGCUUCACCGGUUCAGAUGAUGUGGUAUCCACACUGGUUUCCUCCUUUUCAGCUCUUUUGUGCUUACUUUAGAAAGUUCACUAAAAUUUGUAAUCUUUUGCAAAUUCUCAGAGAGAAAUAAAGGCAU